AUGCCUGAACUAGAAUCCAAAUUAGUGCAAGAAUUACAACAGGAUGGCUGCGUUGUUGCUUGUCGGUUUCCUCUUCCGUCUUGGGAACCAGUUGCUACCAUAGGGGAGGGUAUUGAUACAGUUUGGCUUUAUAGAAAACCUUUAACAAAUUCUCAGCAAAAACAAUUAUGAAAUAAAUGACCAUAUGGAUUCAAGAUAAUUCCUGAUUAAAAUGCUAUAUUGAAAGUUGUAAAUAAUGUGAUUUAAAAUAAAUGUUUUUAAAUUUACAA